GUUUGCUAAUCGGCUUCUUUUUUGCUGCCUUGUCUAUCCUUGCUUAGUAUCUUUUCCCAAGAAAAGUCUAUUGAAGCUAUGUUUGAAGCAUCUAUCCUGCAAAGACAACCCAAUGAACAUAUUUGCAUUGAAUCGACAACAUCUUUAAAAGAGUCAAAUCAUAGAAAUAAUGAUAAUGAUAAGAAUCGUUGGAAUCUGCAGGAAAUGAGUUUUAUUCUACCUUUGAAAGAAAAUGUUAAAGAUAUGAUUCCCGUGAUGAAGAUUUUUGCUGAUAAGGGCAUCAGUAUUCUACAUAUUGAAAGUCGAAGUCAAAAGUUGUCAAAUGCAAUCAACUCUGAACUCAAGCCACUGGAAGUGUUUAUUCAUGUCAAAGUUCCUUUAGAAGCGUCAGAUGAACUUGUUGAACGACUGAAAUCAUUUUCAUCCAAUCUAAUCAUUGUUAAUGAUCAUCCAAAGUUAGGAUAUAAAACUUUAAAUGAGAAAGUACCUUGGUUUCCAAGACAUAUCUCCGACCUCGAUGAAGUAUCCCAUCGUGUUCUCAUGUAUGGAAAAGAAUUGGACUGUGAUCAUCCAGGGUUCAAAGAUGCAGAGUACAGAAAACGUCGAAUAAUGUUCGCUGACUUGGCAUUUAAUUAUAAGUGGGGAGAGAAAAUUCCUGUCGUUGAAUAUACCGAAACGGAGAAAAAGACAUGGGGAUGCGUAUACCGUGAAUUGACGCGUUUGUAUAAAACUAAAGCCUGUCGAGAAUUCCAGGAGAAUUUGGCGUUACUUCAAGAAAAGGCUGGAUACAAUGAACACGAUCUACCUCAACUGCAAGUUGUAUCAGACUUCUUGAAAGAGCGGAGUGGAUUUUGCCUACGACCAGUUGCUGGUUAUUUGUCUGCUCGUGAUUUUCUUUCUGGUUUAGCAUUUCGUGUAUUCUACUGCACUCAGUAUAUACGUCAUGAGAAAGAUCCAUUCUACACACCAGAACCUGACUGUGUACACGAACUGUUAGGUCAUGUACCAAUGUUAGCUGAUCCAGGAUUCGCUCGAUUCUCACAGGAAAUAGGCUUGGCUUCUUUGGGUACAAGUGAUGAAGAAAUAAAAAAGUUAGCUACUUGUUACUUCUUUACUAUCGAAUUCGGACUAUGUCGACAAGAUGAUCAACUGAAGGCGUAUGGUGCUGGUUUACUUUCAUCAGCUGCUGAAUUACAGCACGCUUUAAGUGAUAAGGCUGUGGUCAAACCAUUCAUACCAGAGAAGGUCAUGAAUGAAGAAUGUCUGGUGACUACAUUCCAAAAUGGAUAUUUUGAGACCACAUCAUUUGAGCUUGCAACACAACAAAUGAGAGAAUUUGCACAAACGAUUAAACGACCGUUCGACGUUCAUUAUAAUCCAUAUACACAGAGUGUUGAGAUAAUAAGAACACCCGGGGCCGUUGCUAAGCUUAUUCAAGAUUUAAAAACUGAGCUGACACUAACCACUCAAAGUUUAUUGAAGAUGAAUGAAGAAAUCGUCAAUAAGAAAAUACUGAAAAGUGAAGUCGAUAUGGAGGAUAAACCGAGUGCACGAGUGUAAUCCUGUUCGAGAAACAAUUCCAUCUAUUAUUAUCAUUAAUUGUUGCCAUUAUCAUAGUCAUUAUUAUUAUUACUAUUAUUAUUAUUGUUAUUAUUA